GUGGAACUCUUGUAUGCCAAGUUACACUAUUUGUUCAUUCAGAGUGAGAAUGUCUUCUCCAACUGAGCACAGCUCCCUGGUGACUCGUGAACAUCGCUGUGGUUCCACUGGGCAGAAUUUGUGCACAUGACUGGAAAUGCCUCCUUAAAAGGCAAACCUUCCUUAACCUCGGCAUGAUCUUCUGCAUUUCUCCCAUCUGCCACACAGAAUCGAAUAACCAUCUCACCGAGUUCCUCUUUUUGUCGGGAGCUAAUCUUCCUUUGGACAGAAAUCAAGAUCUCAUCUGGGUAAAAGCGGCAAGAAGCAACCGAGACAUCUUUCAGUUUCCCAGGAAAGGACACUGGUGAAAGACACGAGAGAGCUUGAUCGUUGUGUUGCGUCUGGCAGGUACAAUCAUGGAGUUUAACACCACUACCUUGUGGUCCAGCAAUGCACCUUUGUUGCUUUCUUCUAAACCCAAAACAAAUGUGAGCAAUGUCGUGGACAUGAUCCAAGUCUUCCUCUAUGGAUUGGUUUUCCUACUUGGUUCCUUCGGCAAUGGAGUUGUGAUGUGGAUCACCUUUCGCCAGGUCUCACGCACCGUCAAUUGUGUCUGGUACUUCAACUUGGCCUUGGCUGACUUCCUGUUCUCAGUGACCCGCAUCGUGCCACUGCUCAAGAAUGCUUUUUAUGAAGGAUGGCCCUUUGGAAACUUCUUGUGUCGAGCAACCAGUUUCGUCAAGUACCUUAAUAUGUUCUGCAGCGUCUUCCUCUUGGCUGCUAUCAGUUUGGACCGGGCAGCUUCUGUGGUCUACCCGGUUUGGUCCAGAAACCGCCGCGGGCCACGCUUGGCAUGGUUGGCUGCCAUCUGUGCCUGGUUCAUUGCUGUGACCACCAGCCUCCCAUUCUACCUUUAUCGAAAGGUUGUGAUUGACAAGAGCAACAAGACCAAAUGCUCCCUCACGUUGGGAGAUGGAGAAGCAGAAAAACUGGUUCCUUAUCUGCUGAGGUUUGUGUGUGGGUUCCUGGCUCCUUUUGUCAUCAUUGUGGUUUGCUAUGGGGCCAUUGCUGUGCAACUGAGGCGACGGCAAGCCACCUUCCGCUCCAAGAAGCCCUUCAAGGUCAUCCUGGCCAUUGUGGUUACCUUCUUCCUCUGCUGGGCACCAUACCAUCUCUUCCUUCUCCUCAAACUGGGAGGAGUGAAGAGCCAGGCAGUUUCCAUCGGGCUUCCUCUCACUUCUUGUCUGGCUUACCUCAAUAGCUGUGCUAAUCCCAUUCUUUAUUUCUUCAUGGGCCUGGAUUUCCACAGGAAGUGUUUUAACCUACCAGGGGCCUUCAGGAGAGCCUUACUCGAAGACAGUACAUAUUCCACUAGGAAGCCCAGCAAAUUUACAAAAGAAGGUGCUUCUUCUAUUGAUGAGCUGGAGGACUCCACAGUGAUCCAUAAUGUGGUCUGAAGAAUCCCAAGGUCAUAGAGGCCUUUUGGGUGAUAAGAUCCAUGUGCAAUUGUGACUGAAAUUGUGUUUUAACCAACACAAUCCUUUCCUGACCCAUGACAUUUUGGGCUGUGCUUUUCUCCCAUUCCUAAAUCUGAAGGGACAUUGCAUUUGAUCCACAAUGGGGACAUUUUUGAACCACGGAUAAUGGUUAAAGCUAACGCUAGUACCAGACAGGCGCAGUCCUAUCAUGCUUUGGUCCCAAUGACUGGUGAGAUGUUUUCCCUCCUAACCCAACUACCAUUGUUUUGGCCUUUGAGAGAGAAAACACAACCAACAUUUGCUGGACUUCAUCCCUUUCCAAAAUGCCACCCUCUUUCCUUUUGUUUCACAAGUCUGAGGGCAGGGAACUAUCAAACUAAUGAUUUAGAAACUGCCCUGGCAACUGAAGGACUGGUUGUAAAUAUAUAAAUAACAGUAUGCAACAUGAUUUUUGUUCCUGCAUUCUAAAUUAGGUAUAUCAUAAAACAUCAAAAAAGUUUAUUAAAUUGCAAAAACUUUGUUUUUGCAGGACAUCCUGCAGCACAUUUCGCUAUAGUUUUCAAUUAAUGUGGAACCCCCGGUGAUGCAGCAGGUUAAACCGCUGAGCUGCUGAACUUGCUGACUGAAAGGUCAUUGUUUCAAAUCUGGGAAUUGGGGUGAGCUCCUGCUGUUAGCCCCAGCUACUGCCAACCUAACAGUUCAAAAACAUGCAAAUGUGGGUAGAUGAAAAGGUACCGCUCCAGCGGGAAGGUAAUGGCACUCCAUGCAGACAUGCCAGCCACAUGACCUUGGAGGUGUCUCUGGACAAUGCCAGCUCUUCAGCUUAGAAAUGAGCACCACUCCUAGAGUCGGACAUGACUAGACAUAAUGUAAGGGGAAACCUUUAUCUUUACCUUUCAAUUAAUAUCUCAAUGAGUCUCAAUCAAUUCAAUAUAGUUUGUGGCAGCCACAAAGGCAAAGUUUCUGAAGUAUAACAACUACUUUCAAAGUAAGUACCGCACAAUUAAACAGAAAAUAACAUUUUCAAACAAGAAACAGAAUUUUUUCCCCAAAUUUUGUUGCAUUGUGUAAUCUUAGGAUGGGGACAAGGAAAGUUGGGCAGGAUAUACCUCUUCCUGUCACCUGCUCUAACAGUGAAUGAAAAGGUGAGGAGACUAUAGAAUACAGCUUGAGGAAUGCAUUGAGAACAAAGAGGAAGGAGUUUCCCAAGUUCAUCUUCCCAAAACUGGAAAGCCAAGACUGUUGAAAUCCAUAUGGGAAUGUUCUUGGAUUGCCCCAUUCUCCUGUUCCCUUGAUCUGUGAGACAUUCCAGGACUGGGAUUUAUCUGGGUUUGGUUGCCUUUGGCUAAUUGGACCAGUGACAGAAAGUGUUUUUGUAAUAUAUGCUUAAUUUACAAAUAUAUAGGCAGAACAUAAUUGGAAGGUAAACAUCAUUCUCGCUUCCUCCCUCACACAGAGAAACAAACACACAGAUACCUUCCAGUUACCCUCCCUAGCUUUCACUGGCCAUUUCCUUAAAAUUAUUUUAAAUUAUCUCCUAAAGUAGUCCAGUUCAGUAUUUACAGAUUUACUGGUGUAAGUGGUGAUGUGUUAUUUCAUGGUGGUAACACAAUAUUUUCGCAUCCCAAAAUAUUCCAAGGAGAUUGUUUGCCAUAGAAAUAUGUGUGUUUUUUCUGCAUAAAAUAUU